AUGGACAAAACCAAGCAGGAGGGAAUUCUUAUGCUGGAGGAUAUUCUGUCAACAGUGGAGGAGAUUUUACUCCUCUCUAAGAUCACCAUGACAAACAAGGAAAAGGACAUUCACCGUGAGAUAAAAGAAGGUUUCCAGCUAAAAAUGAAAACAGAGCAGUUAAUAGUAACUGUUUCAUCUCUGUACAAGAUAAUAUUACAACUAGAGACACAUCAAGAAUGUUCUAAGCUCUGGAAAGAAUCAGAAGAUAUUUCACCACUCGUAGCACAGAAAAGGAAGAAUCUUGAAUACCUCAUUGAAUAUUUAGACAAAAUGAAGGAUUCUUCAUAAUUAAAUAUAUUCUAGCCCGAUAUAACCCGAAUUGCUUACUUAUUCCUGUGAUAAUUUCUGGGUUUAUGCUUUUUAUGUUGUUUACUCUCUCCAGCACAGGGAUCUAUAAUAAAAAAUAUCCGAAA